AUGGAAUCUGGCUUCACCUCCAAGGACACUUAUCUGAGCCAUUUUAACCCUCAGGAUUACUUAGGAAAAUAUUACAACUUUGGGUCCAGGCACUCUGCAGAAAAUGAGAUUCUUAGGUAUCUUCUGAAAAAUAUUUUCAAGAUCUUCUGCCUAGAUAAACCAGAUGGCCUGCAGGGAGACCUCCUGAUUGACAUCGGCUCUGGUCCCACCAUCUAUCAGCUCCUCUCUGCUUGUGAAUCCUUCAAGGAGAUCAUCGCCACCGACUACACUGCCCAGAACCUGCAAGAGCUGGAGAAGUGGCUGAAGAAGGAGCCAGGGGCCUUCGACUGGUCCCCAGUGGUGACUUACGUGUGUGAACUGGAAGGGAACAGAUGGAGAAGCUGGGUCAAGGGGCCAGAGAAGGAGGAGAAGUUGAGGCAGGUGGUCAAGCAGGUCCUGAAGUGCGAUGUGACUCAGAGCCGGCCGCUGGGCGCUGUCCCCCUGCCCCUGGCUGACUGCCUGCUGAGCACGCUGUGCCUGGAUGCCGCCUGCCCUGACCUCCCUGCCUUCUGCACAGCCCUCAAGAACCUCAGCAGCCUGCUAAAGCGGGGCUUCCUGGUGAUCGUGGGCGCCCUGAAGAGCAGCUACUACAUGAUUGGCGAGCAGAGGUUCUCCAGCCUCUGCCUGGGCCGGGAGGCGGUGGAGGCUGCCGUCAGAGAGGCUGGCUAGACCAUCCAACAGUUGGAGGAGAUCUCUCAAUGUCAUUCUUCCACCAUGGCUGACAACGAGGGGCUUUUCUCCCUGGUGGGACGGGAGCAGAGCAGAUCUGUAUGA